AUGGAAGAAGACCCGCAAGAAGAACGACGGAUGAUACACCCCAAGAAGCGCAUUCACAGCGACGCCUGCAGCGACAGUGCGGACGAAUUGGACACAGACCAGGCGAGGGAGCCUAACGACGAUGAUGAACGACAGGAUCACGAAGCUGACGGGAAUGCACGGUGGUCAACUGUCAACUACAAGAAGCCCAAGCCGGCCAAAGGUACGAGAAUAGAACGUUUUGACCUACCAAAGACGGUGAUUGUCCUCAAGCCCAAAGAACAAAUCAGGAUUACGGACAUUUCACCCAAGCUGCUACUUGAUCAGAUCAGAGCGGUACUCAUCGUACCAUGUAACCGAGACAGGCUCUCGAACGUCGUUAAUCCAAGGAACAACACGAUUGCCGUAACAGUCUACGACGAGAGGCAUGCGAGGGACAUAAUGCAACUCAAGGCACUUGUGACCGACAACGGCCGGAUUGUGGAGGCAUGCGCCUACCGCUCGGUUACGGGCACCAUGCCUCGCGGUGUAAUUCACGGCAUGAAGCCUGAAACGACGGCACAAGACAUUGUCGAGAACUCCGACUCCGACUACCACAACAUAAUUCAUGCCAGACCUAUUGGCAAGAAGGGCACAUUCUUGCUUACCUUCGAUGGUGAGGGAAUCCCUAGAAAGAUAAGCUACCGCACCAGGCUGAUCAACAUGUACACGUACAGACCGACGGCAGUCGUCAUUUGCCUCAAAUGCCACGGGUUCGGGCACAAGGCAGCAGUCUGUACAGGGCAACAAAGGUACAAGAAGUGUGGUAAGACACACCCGGAGGAGGAGCAGUGCGAAGACACAUACUGUGUAAACUGCCAGGUAUCAGGCCACACAGCGCUAGACGGCGGCUGGCUGGCCAAGAAAAAUGCAGAUACGCGUCUUCAGAAGAGAGCAAAAGCGCCGCUGACGCAAACCAAGAAGAUCACAACACCACCCCGCACCAGUGAGACAGUACAAGGUAGAACCAACGGGAACCGAUUCUUACCGCUUCAAAACGUGGAGGAAUUCCCUCCGCUCGAGCAGCUGUCGCAGGGCACGACCGGUCAGCAGACGCACCAACAAUCCCUUCAAACGAAAGGCAACAUGAUGCGGCCCCACAAAAGCCACGAAGUAAACUCUUCGAACUUGACAGAAGAACAGCUUAACGAAAUGUGCAAGGAAUUGGAUGAAAUCAGACGACGUCUUAUCGAGAAGGAAAGGCGCAUCGAGACGACGCGGGUGCAAAUUGAAAAGAGAAAACAGGAAGAAGAAAGGUUUCGUCACCAAAGACUGGCGGAACUAGAAGAGAAACGACAAGCCGAACAGCAGCGUAGACAUGAAGCGCAACAACGACAAGAACAGAGGCAGGCGAUUCCAGUCCUCUCGGCACAGCAGGAAGAACGAGCACCGCAAUAG